CCCAAAAUGCCGAUUUUACGUGUCGGACGCCUGUCCGAUCACCUAAUUCGUCUCCAAGAAACACACCACUAUAAGUAGAGAGACCUGCCUCGAUCACCAGAUAUUCCAUUAUCUCAUUCCAAACACGGAGAGGAACGAAGGAUUCAGUUGGCUAGAGGUUUCAUCCCAUUGCAUCUGAACUGUGCUGAGUAGACGAAGGUAGCUCGAUCGAGACAAGAUGCGAGCGAUGGACGGGUCGGCAGGUGCACUGCUGGGCGGGCUCAACUCCGGCGUGGUGCUCAGCCUGAUCGCGGUGCUGUGGACGGUGGUGUGGCAGAACCUGCAGCGCCUGCAGCUCCCGCAGCACUUCCUCAAGCGCUGCAUCGGCAGGCAUGCGCGCCGCUUCGCCGCCAUCGUCGACCCCUACCUCUCCGUCACCGUCGCCGAGUACGACGGCGGCGGCCGGAUGCGCCGCGCCGAGGCAUACGAGGAGGUCAAGGCCUACCUUGCCGAGACCACCUCCCGCGACGCGCGCCACCUCCGCGCCGAGGGCGCCAAGGGUGCGGAUCGCCUGAUGCUCAGCAUGGUCGACGGCGAGGAGGUGGCCGACGUGCUGCUGCCCGAGGAGGGCGGUGGCACGGUCUUCUGGUGGGCCUACUCCAAGGCGCCCCCACAGCAGCAGGACUGGCGCUGGGGCGGCGGCAAUCAGGAGAGCCGCCACUACUACCGGCUCUUCUUCCUCGACCGCCACCGCGACGUCGUCCUCAACACCUAUCUCCCGCGCGUCCGCCGCGAGGGCCGCGCCGUCAUGGUCAAGAACCGCCGCCGGAAGCUCUCCACCAACAUCUCCAGCCACGAGUGGACGCACGUGACGUUCGAGCACCCCAAGACCUUCGCCACGCUCGCCAUGGACCCGGCCAAGAAGAAGGAGAUCCUGGACGACCUCGACACGUUCAAGAACGGCAAGGACUACUACGCGCGCGUCGGCAAGGCGUGGAAGCGUGGGUACCUCCUGCACGGCCCGCCGGGCACUGGCAAGUCGGCCAUGAUCGCCGCCAUGGCCAACCACCUCGACUACGACGUCUACGACAUCGAGCUCACCUCCGUCCACUCCAACACCGAGCUCCGCAAGCUCUUCAUCCAGACCAAAAGCAAGUCCAUUAUCGUUAUCGAGGACAUCGACUGCUCCCUCGACCUCACUGGCGCCCGAGGCAAGAAGAAGGAUUCUGAGGAAGACAACAAGGCUGCCAAGGCCGACAGCGAUGGCAAGAAGGACACCAGAAGCAAGGUCACGCUCUCCGGCCUGCUCAACUUUAUCGACGGGCUGUGGUCGGCUUGCGGCGGCGAGCGGAUCAUCGUGUUCACCACCAACCACCUCGAGAAGCUGGACCCGGCACUCAUCCGGCGGGGCCGGAUGGACAAGCACAUUGAGAUGUCCUACUGCGGUGCCCCCGCCUUCGAGUUCCUGGCCAGCACCUAUCUUGGAGUCCAGGAGCACGAGCUGUUCGCCACCGUGGGCGCGCUAUUGCAGGAGGUGGACAUGACGCCAGCCGACGUCGCCGAGAACCUCACGCCCAAGAGCAUCAACGACGACGCUGACUCCUGCCUCAGAGGGUUGGUGGCGGCGCUGGAGAAGGCCAAGGAGGACAAGGCCAACGGACGAGGCAAGGACCAGCAGCCGGAGGAAGAAGACGGGGGAGCAGUUGCUGCCUUGCCGGGCAAGAGUGAGUGAGUGAGUGUGUGGGGUGUGGCAGUAGCUCAGGAUCCGUUGUUGUCAUCCAUGGAGUACUAUCUAGCUAGUGAUGAUGGGUGUUAGAAUAAGGAGAUUUUCCUCAUGGGGUUUAA